AUGUCCGGCCACCCCGCGAGCGUGUGUGGCUUGCAGCAGCGCAGUAGGGAGAAUCGUGCGCACAACCACAUGGUGCUCAGGAAACUGGCGACGUUCUCGAUGUUGAUGGUCAUCGUGCCUUUGAGCACGUUUUACAGUGUGCGCAGCUUCUUUACACCAGGAGAGCCGGGAAGUCAGUACGCGGACGUCUGGAGCGGAUGUACAGCAGUGCUUGCUGUCAACGUCGUCAUUGGGCUCUACGUGCUGUCGGCGUGGAAAGAAGAGGACGAGAAACAAGUGGCCCCGCCCGUGGGCCGUUUUGCCACGAAGAAAGAGCAAUAG